AUGGCCGAGACAUUUUUGACUACAGGACGCAAGAUUGUAGCUAUUGGCAGAAACUAUAGUGAACAUGCCAAAGAAUUGAACAAUGCAGUGCCCGAAACACCCUUCUUCUUUUUGAAACCUACCAGUUCUUAUUUGGAGAACGGUGGUGAUAUUGAAUUGCCACAGGGAUGCGAAGUUCACCAUGAAAUCGAGUUAGCUGUGGUUAUCGGCAAGGAUGGUAGAAACAUCUCAGCGGCCAAUGCUGAUGAAUACAUCGGUGGGUAUGCAUUGGCAAUUGAUUUAACUGCUAGAGAUCUCCAGUUGGCGGCUAAAAAGAAGGGUUUGCCUUGGUCUGCUUCCAAGGGGUUUGAUACAUUUACACCCAUCAGGUAA